AUGGCCAGACGUAUUUCGCGGGCAGGCAGAGAAGCUGUCUGGAGCUGGCGACUGGCUGUAGCAGGCAGCGAACGGCGGCGGCGGCGGGGGGGUUUUCUUGCUGGAGACGAAGUUGAAGCUGCAGUUGAAGGUCAAGCUGAUGUUGGUGAAGGCGAGGUCUGUAGCAGGAUUUUGGACGGCGGACUUGGAAGUGCGCGCAGGCUGCAAGCAACAAACAACAACCACAACCACGGCCGGGGGGGGUUCAGCCAGCAGUUCAGCAAGGCAGGCGAGGGCAAAAAAAAAGAGGGAGGACAGGACAGGGCGAGGGCGAGGACGAGGGUGAGAGAGGCUGCAGAGUCUCUUUCGACUGGUGCAAGUGCAAUUGGGCAGACAGCAGACAGCAGGGAGGAGGCAGAGUCAAGAGGCACCAAAGCACGCGACAGGGGAGGGACUCUUCUUCUUCUUCUUCUUCUUCUGCUGCUGCUGCUGUUUAUUCGCAGCCCCAGGGCCACUCACGGCGGGAAGACGGGCUCGUCUGCUUCCCCGGGGACGAACUGUCGGGCAACAAGAGGGCCUGACACGGGCUGGGAGCCACUUACAGACGGCCAGCGAGCUUCUCGGGGCGGGUCUCCAGGCCAGAAGACAGCCAGAGAGGCGAGACACAGGCAGAGUCACAGGCAGAGAGACGGUGCUGGUGCUGGUGCUGGUGCUGGUGAUAAUGCUAGUGCUGGGGGACACAGAAGUGACAUGGCCGGGGAUGCUCACAGCAAGGCCGUCAUCGCGAACAGAAAGAGAGAGAGAGAUGCAAGACAGAAAGAGAAAGACGAAGACGAAGACGAAGAGAAGACUGCCCUGACUAAGAAACUCACCGUUAUUCUGAAGGAAGCAGAUGCUAUCAAACAAGCCAUGGUCGUGCAGAGACAGGCAGGGUGCUCGCCGGCUGUAUCCCCCCUCGUUUCGUGCGGUUUCGACCUGCUCCCGGGUCCUGCUGGCUUGCUUGUUGACUCAAUUGAUACAGACGGACGGCUCGACGUGAAGGGGGACCAGACUGCCUGCCUCCCUGCCUCCCUGGCCUGUUCCCAUGCAAUAAGCAAAUAUUCAUGUCCCACCCAGCAAAACCCGUCAGUCUGUCAGGGCCAUGACGAGCAGCUUCAAGAUCCAAGAUUCACCUCUACUUCUGCUCUCUCUCUCUCUGCUUGCUGCUUGCUACUUGCUGCUGCGGGCUUCUUUUCUUUUUCCUUCUUUGCCUUUCUUUUCCCAAAGACUUGCUGGUUCCACGAUGGCCGAACCAAGGUUGAGGCAAAGCAAAAAGGAAAAAAAAAAGUCAAAAAAUUUUUAUAUACUAACUGCUUUCUGAGCGAAAAAUGGCCCGAAACGUGGCUCCACCCCUUGAGGAUGGAUAUAAGAGGCCAAAAAUCCGCCAAUACGACUGUGAGAAAAUGA